AUGGUCACCCAACUACCAAAAGAGCAAGAUCUAGAAGCCGCCAGGUCCCAGUCAGAGAACGAAACCGAGUCGACCGACCCCAACCUUGUUACAUGGGAUGGACUGGAAGAUGCAGAGAACCCAAAAAACUGGCCCCAGAAGACCAAAUGGCGGAACACCAUUGCCGUCUCUAUAUUCACCUUCAUCUCGCCGGUUUCAUCUUCCAUGGUCGCGCCGGCGCUGUCCCAGUUAGGUGUAGACCUCCAUAUGCAAAGCGACAUCGAGGUCGAAUUGGCUUUAUCAAUCUUCAUUCUUGCUUAUGCAAUCGGGCCGCUGUUUUUCGGUCCAGUUUCGGAGAUUUAUGGGCGUGUGCACGUCUUGCAGGUUAGCAAUCUAUGGUACUUCGCAUGGAAUCUGGGUUGUGGUUUUGCGCAGGAUCCCGCUCAGCUGUUUGUAUUUCGGUUUCUUGCAGGCAUUGGGGGAAGUGCCCCGGUUGCACUAGGAGGGGGAGCUAUAAGCGAUAUUUGGCCCCCCGAGGAGCGUGGAAAGGCCAUGGGGAUCUAUACUUUAGCACCCAUCCUUGGUCCGGUCGUCGGUCCCAUUGUCGGAGGAUUCAUUGCCCAGUACACGACAUGGCGUUGGGUGUUCUGGUCGUCUAGUGCUGUUGCUGUUGCCAUUCAAGUCGUUGGCUUGAUCUGGUUGCGUGAGUCACAUCCCGCUACUGUCUUGAACCGCAAGAGGGAUCGUCUGGCCAAACAAACCGGAAACGACAAGCUGCACACUGGCAUGGGUACAGUAAGCCUUUCAAGCAAGCUUGGUCGCGCUCUAGUGCGACCGAUGCGUCUAUUCGCCACCCAGCCAAUUGUGAUGGUGAUCGCUGUAUAUAUGGGGUAUCUCUUUGGGACAAUGUAUCUGUUGCUGGCCACAUUUCCCACCAUCUGGGGUGCUCAAUACGGUGAAACCCAAGGCAUCGCCGGUCUCAACUACAUCUCGAUCGCGAUCGGCUCCUUUGUUGGCCUCUUCCUUAACUUUUUCUUAAUCGAUCGCAUCUACCGAAGCUUGAAGGAAAAGAACUCCGGCGUUGGAACCCCCGAGUUCCGCGUGCCGACCAUGUUCAUCGGGUCAGGGAUGAUCACUAUCGGCCUCUUCUGGUAUGGUUGGAGUGUACAGAGCCACAUGCACUGGAUAAUGCCUAAUAUUGGCGUCGCCAUCUUCUCUGCCGGAACCAUGGGAUGUCUGCAGGGGAUGCAAACCUAUAUCGUGGAUAGCUAUGCGACCUACGCCGCCAGUGCCAUGGCGGCCUGUGCUCUUCUUCGUAGCUUGGCUGGGUUCGCGUUCCCACUCUUCGCUCCGUAUCUGUACAAAGCUCUGGGCUAUGGUUGGGGCACCAGUGUACUGGCCUUCAUCAGCAUAGGGGCUGGGUUCUCCGCGCCUUUAGUUUUUUGGUUUUUAGGCGCCAAGCUGCGUGCUGUGUCAAGGUACGCAUCUGGCUGA